AGAAAAGAGGGCAGAGAAGUAUGCGGAGAUGGAGAAGGAAAGAGAGAAAGCGACGAGUGAGCGAGAGAUCGACACACGAAGACAGGAGAGAGAUCAGGAGAAAGAGGAAGAAAGAAGGAGAGAGAGGGAGGGGAGAGAGGGAGGGGAGGAGAGAGAGGCUAUCACAAUAAACUCAGACAGAGAUUGAGCCACAGAGAUUGAAGGGUGAGAUACAGUAGAAACAGAGCGAUUGGAUUUUUUAAGUGGUUGAGAGGGGAGCCGCCCUUCAGCUACGUUCUCAGCUUCUCAGGUGGCGACGCAGGGAGAGAAAAGCGAGGUCGGUCGGCCACAGCUAGCCCGUUAUUUGAGGCUUAAUUUCAGACCUGCCGACGGGCGGAGAACAAGCAUCUGAAGAUGGAGGGGAUGGCGUACGGAGCUGGCAAGGCUGGCGGAGCCUUCGACCCACUCACGUUUUUCCGGCAGCCGUACACUAUACUUCGGAUGGUAUCCUGGCUUUUCACCAUCGUGAUCUUCGGCUCCAUCGCCAACGAGGGCUAUGUGAACCGGCCCGAGGAGCUCGAGGAGCACUGCAUCUUCAACCGUAACCAGAAUGCCUGCAACUACGCCGUCACCAUGGGAACACUGGCCUUCCUGUGCUGCGCCGCCUUCCUGGUGCUGGAUGCAUACUUCCCGCAGAUCAGCAGUGUCAAGGACCGCAAGAAGGCCGUGCUGGCCGACAUUGGCGUGUCCGCCUUCUGGUCCUUCAUGUGGUUCGUCGGUUUCUGCUUCCUGACCAACCAGUGGCAGGCCGCCAAGCGCCAGGACAACCCGCUGCAGGAGGGCGCCGAUGCCGCUCGGGCCGCCAUCACUUUCUCCUUCUUCUCCAUCUUCACCUGGGGAGCUCUGGGCAUGCUGUCCUUGGAGAGACUAAAGAGAGUGUCUUUUGAGGAAGAGUACAGCAGACAGUUUACCCCCCAGCCCGCGCCCCCACUAGUCUGACACUAAUCCUCUCUCAUCCACCCCUAGAUUUCGGGAUGCAUUACCUUACACCCCUGCCUCUCUUUGGUUUGUGUUACACAAAACCAUCAGAGCCACUUCUCUGGGAUUUGUCAGUGCCCAUUGUUAGGAUGCUAGAUCACGCUUAAGUGAUUUACCCUUUUUGCUGUAGGAAAAUAUGAUUACAGUCAGUCCAUCUCGUUGAUCAUGGAAGAGGUUUUAUAAUUCAUGUCUGUCUGUGUCAACCUCCAUCCAUCCAUUUUCCAAACCGUUCAUCCUUCUGGGCCGCGGAGGGUCCAGAACCUAUCUUGGAAGCUACGGGCACGAGGCGGGGAACAACCAAGGAUGGGGGGCCAGCCCAUCGCAGGGCACACCAUUCACUCACAUCUGUGUCAAGCUGUUUGAGAUUUUUCAUUAUUAUACACUUUAUUUUUAAAUGUCUAUCGCAUUAUUUUGCAUCUGCUGACAGAUUUAGUGCCUUCCUUUGAAGGUGUCUGACUGCGUGAUCUACCAGCUGGUUAAUCACGUGCCGGUCGUCAGGGUGAAGCUUCGCGUCUGUGAGGGUCAGUGAGCAUCCAGGAGCAGAGUCUGUGUGGAGACAGCGAUUGGCUGCUCUGUGGCCAUUGAUAGCAGCGAUAACAGCAGCCGUCUGAAUAGCGCGUUUUAACUUGCGCCGUGACGUUCUGCCCUCAGCCUGUGCCGAGUCCCAUACACUUGCCGGCCCGUCAUUCCUAUGAGUAGCUGAACCUCAGUGCUUCUUCCUGGUGACGGUCAGACAGACUGUAGCCCCCCCCGUAGUGCAGACAGUACUGUUUUCACUCCAGCAGUAUCUGAAAUACCCUCUGUUUGCGUCAGGCUUCAUUUUGCUUGUUUCUCUAGAUUGUUUUAAUGAAUUUAACAUGUGUAUUAAUUAAAAACUUUGAAAACCGGA